UGUGGCAAACGACCAAGACCUGUUGCUGCUACUGCUGCUACUGGCGUCUCCAAUUGCUCCUCUGCUGUUCCGCCCUCCGAGCAUUGUUGUACCUGGCUCUCCAACCAGGGCAGUGAGCACCUGUUGGGCCAAAUUGCUUCCGUCUACGGUGGUCGUCUGCCGCACCGAGCAGUCCUCUCAAAUGACUAUCUCAGCGGACUCCUCAUCGGUCUCUCCACAACGACAGACGCUGAGAAUGCCCAACUCUGCAUGGCCACACUCUCGCCCAGCCUUAUGAAAACUGUCCUGAAAAUGGAAAGGUCUAGGCUGCAGAGCGGUGUCGCAGUUGCACACAUAGACGACGACGGCCACCAGCACUUCCAUCCCCACGGUUACAACCACUGCGCCGUUGACGACGACGAGGGCUUCUUCCACUCCUACCCCUGA